UGCAGAGAGGAAGCGCUGGGGACCCGGAGGGCGGGGGUACCGGCGCCCGAGGUCGCCAUGACUACCGAGCCGGUGGCCGCGGAGGCCGCGGUGCCGUCGCUCGUGGAUCGUUACUUCACUCGCUGGUACAAAGCAGAUGUCAAAGGAAAACCCUGUGAGGACCACUGUAUACUACAGCACUCAAACCGAAUAUGUGUCAUCACAUUGGCAGAAUCUCAUCCAGUUCUUCAAAGUGGAAAAGCAAUUAAAAGCAUUUCCUAUCAAAUCAGUACCAACUGUAGCAGACUUCAGAACAAGGUCUCUGGGAAAUUUAAGCGGGGGGCACAAUUUCUAACAGAACUUGCACCGCUAUGUAAGAUUUACUGCUCAGAUGGAGAAGAAUACACCAUAUCUAGCUGUGUUAGAGGACGAUUGAUGGAAGUGAAUGAAAACAUUCUCCAUAAACCAUCUCUUCUUCAAGAGAAGCCAUCCACUGAAGGCUACAUUGCAGUUGUGUUGCCCAAAUUUGAAGAAAGUAAAAGCAUAACAGAAGGGUUACUCACACAAAAGCAGUAUGAAGAAUUCGUGGUGAAACGCAUUAAUGCCACAGCAACUACAUCAUGAGGAUAGAGAAGGAAUAAAAAGCAACAUGGGAUUCUUAUCCUUUCUUGGCCUAAAGGAUCAGUGCACUAACGAACCAGCAUAUGUGAAGCAUACACAUACACCCAGCGAUCCGCAGGGAGGCCUGAUCUUAAAAUUUAAACUAAUUUUCCUUUUGUCUUGCGUAACAAGCCUUGGUUCCCAUUUUGUCUUCAACCUCAUGGAUCUGCCCUGCCCAUAUACUCACUCUGUUCUUCUCUUGCUUCUCUCUUGCUAACAACUGGCAAGCAAGGGAUGUUUUUCUGAUUAAAAACAAAAAACAAAGCACUCUGAGGAAAAUUUGGAAAAGACAGAAAAGUUUUAAGUAGCAAAGUAAAAAUUAUUUACCCAUCAUCCUGCAACCUGGAAGUAAAUACUACAUUUUGACAUACUUCUGUUUGAAUGUUAUGGGAUGGUUAUUGUUUUUGCCUCAAUUUUUCAUCAGUCUGAACUUUGAAAAAAACCUAAUUGGCCUUUCUUACCCAAUCUGCUUCAGUGUGACACUACCAAAAAGUCUAGUCCCAUCCCUUCUGCCCCAACUCCUCUCCUUUUAGGUUGCAGGGGAGAGGCAGACUGUAGAGUGUACCUUCUCUACUUCUUAUGGGCUGGGAUGGCCUUCUCUGGAACAAUGUAGAACUGUUAACAUUGUGGCUUCUUAAAUGAGGGACACAUGAAAAGACUUUGAAAAAUACAAAGGGCUCACUCAUAAGUAGAAGAUAAAAACAACAACAAACAAUCACAUAGAGACAGAGAUUGGACUGGUGGUUACAAGAGGGGAAAAAGGGAGGGAGGAGGGCAAAAGGGAUGAUUAGGCACAUGUGUGUGGUGGUGGAUUAUAAUUAGUCUUGGGGUGGUGAACAUGAUGUAAUCUAUACGGAAAUCAAAAUAUAAUGAUGUACACCUGAAAUUUACAUAAUGUUAUAAACCAAUGUUACCACAAUAAAAGAAAAAAAGAAAAAUACAAAGGGCUUUUGUAACACGUGGAAGUAUUAUAAUGCAGUGUUAAGCUGAUUAUUGCCAAUAUGUACAUUGUAGUCUCUCAGUCUUGUGCUCUAGUUACAG